CUCGUCGACGUCACUUCCGCCGCGUCGGCCGCAGGAAAAUGGCGGGGCUGCGGCUGGGGCUGGGGCCGGCCAAGGAGCCGCUGGGGCUGGUGCGGGGCCUGCAGUGGUUUUUCUCCAUCUUCGCCUUCGCCACCUGCGGGGGGUACAGCGGGAAAGUCUCCUACUGGGUGAGCUGCAACGGAAAACCCAACAUUACCGUCACGGUGCCGUUCGGUUACCCGUUCCGGUUGAACCAGGCCGUCUUCACGCCGCCGACGGCCGAGCUGUGCAACAAGACGGAGCCGGGGGAGGUGCACCUGGUGGGCGACUUCUCCUCCUCGGCCCAGUUCUUCGUCACCGUCGCCGUCUUCGCCUUCCUCUACAGCAUGGCCGCCCUUGCCGUCUACCUGGGCUACUUCCACCUCUACCGGGGGGCGGGCGGGAAGCUGCCCUUGGCGGACUUCCUGGCCACCGUGGCCUUCUCCUUCCUGUGGCUGGUGAGCACCUCGGCGUGGGCCAAGGCCCUGACGGACGUCAAGAUCUCGACGGGCGCCCCCCUGCCCAACUGCAGCGGCCCCCGCGUCGCCUGCUACCACGCGGGGGUCAGCCCCAUGGGGUCCCUCAACGUCUCCGUGGUCUUCGGCUUCCUCAACCUCGUCCUCUGGGCCGGCAGCUCCUGGUUCGUCUACAAGGAGACCGACUUCCACCGCCCGGCCCCGCCGCCCCCCGCCGCCCCCGCCGCCAUGUAACCCCCCCCCCCGGCCCCCCCAAAAUUCCUUCCCCGACCGGGGUGCGUGUCCCUGUCCCCCCCCCAAACCCGUCCCCCCAAAUUUCUCGGCCCCCCUCGUCACCACUUCCGGCUUUCCUCCGGGGAGUUGCCACCGGAUUUUCCCCCCCCCCCCGGCGUCGUCGGUCUUAGUAUUUUUUUUUUUUUCCUGGUGUUUGUUUUUGGGUGGGGGGGGGUCGCUAAAUUUGGGUAAUUUUUAUUUUGUAGUUUUGGGUGGGGGUCGUUAAAUUUGGGUAAUUUUUAGAUUUAGUGUUAUUUUUGGGUGGGAGUCGCUAAAUUUGGGUUAUUUUUUUUUUGUAUUUUUGGGUGGGAGUCGCUAAAUUUGGAAUUUUUUUUUGCAUUUUUGGGUGGGGGCCGC